CUUGCUAUUGAUGCACCCCCACCCUCAAACUGCCUCCCUGCAUUUGUGAACCUAACCCAAACACAACACAAACACAAACACAAACAUUUUCCUUCUGAUUUUCCUUUUCCCCGUUUACGUCACAUCUCUUUCGUUUUUCUUUCUGUUUAAUUAUUGUUAAUUAAUAAUAUUUAUUAUUAUAUUGAUCAACUCAACCCCUACGAUCAUACCAAAGAAGACAUCAACAACAAGAACAGAAAGAAGCCUUUCCAUGAUUCAUCAAAGACAAGAAGACAACGCCUUCUUCUUCCACCUUUCUCCUCCCACGUUCCAAUUCCCGCGGUAAUUUUGAGGAAACUGCGGGGGCACAACAAUUCCAAUUCCGUUCUAUCUCUAAUUCCUCAGAAGAACCGAAGAAAUAUUAAGGGGGAAAAAUAGAAAAUUCUGAUUCAGGAUGUCGAAUUUGUACGGUGACUACAACCAGAAGAUCGAUUACGUGUUCAAGGUGGUGUUGAUCGGAGACUCGGCGGUGGGGAAGACGCAGCUCUUGGCGCGGUUCGCGAGGAACGAGUUCAGCAUGGAUUCGAAGGCCACGAUUGGUGUUGAGUUCCAAACGAAGACUCUCAUCAUCGAUAACAAAACCGUUAAGGCUCAAAUAUGGGACACCGCUGGCCAAGAAAGGUACAGGGCAGUUACUAGUGCAUAUUAUCGUGGUGCUGUUGGAGCAAUGUUAGUUUUUGACAUGACAAAACGCCAAUCUUUUGACCACAUGGCAAGGUGGUUAGAGGAAUUGAGGGGUCACGCGGACAAAAACAUCGUCAUAAUGCUAAUAGGCAACAAGUGUGAUCUUGCAGCUCUAAGAGCAGUGCCAACAGAAGACGCGCAGGAGUUUGCACAAAGAGAGAACCUGUUCUUUAUGGAGACUUCGGCGCUCGAGUCCACCAAUGUUGAAACCGCCUUUCUGACCAUUCUAACCGAGAUAUACCGAAUAAUCAGCAAAAAAACACUUUCUGCCAACGACGACACAGACCCCAAUGGGAGUUCAGGGCUUCUGAAGGGAACAAGAAUAGUUGUUCCGGACAUGGAUCACACCGAAAAGAAGGGUGGCUGUUGUGUAUAAAUCCUUAUAGCUUCUGCUUCUUUUGGUUCUUGAGAAACAUAUUUCUCAGUCAGGCUCCUCCUCAUAUACGUGGGGGAAUUUGUAGGGAGGGUAGUUGGAUUUUAGGCUAUAAUGUAUUAGCUACUGUGCUUUAUAUAUACGUGACUCCAUCAGAAAAAUUUAGGUUGAAUGUACUUAAUUACCAUGCUUUGGUUGCA